UAGUCUCACUUCUCAGUACCAAAGAACAGAAACUGCGAGUUUGGGUUUGUAAUUUGUACUAACCAUACAAUGGCAUGUCGUCCUUAUCACAUUCUCUUCUUCAUUCCCCUUCUGGGUCUUGCCGGAGCUGGUCAAUCAUCAUCAUCAUCAUUCAUUGGAGCCGUGAAUCUCCACCAAAGAGUCCUUGACCUUCCUCAAAGUGAUGAUCUUGCUUUUGCUGUUUCCGUCAGUGAUGACAAAACCAUUGCCGAGAUCUCCUCCAGCGUCGUAAACGCUGAAACUUGGUUGAGAACCCUCGUCCUGUCUCGCUACCCUUCCGCCAGAAUCACCGCCGUUGUUGUCUUUGUCCCUGGUUUCUGCCAAACUCCCCAGCAAGAAGAACACAACUCUGUUCGGUGUCUGCUUUCCCUGAAGAACAUAUACCACUCGCUUGUUAGAUGGGGUCUUGAGAAAGACAUCAAGGUCUCCUCUGGUUUCUCUUACCAGUGCUUGAACACUGACAAAACAAAUGAAGAAGUUAUCGAGUCGCUUGCUCCCUUUCUCCGAUCCGUUAACUCAACUUUCACCAUAAACACACCUCGGAAUUUUCCCUCUUCACCAGAUCAUCACCUCUUUAUGCUUCGUUCAAUGAAAAAGUUCCAGUCUUUGGGCUUCUACAAGGUGAAUUUCAUAAACCCUGAACCGGAAGAUGCUGAAUCCAUCGUUAUCAAAAGAAAACUGAGAUCUUUCGUCGACAUUAGCCGCGAAACCGUUAACCCUUUACCAGAAAUAUCCCCAAUCCACCCCUCAAUCGGAUUCUCAGCUCCGGCCAGCGUAGCUAGAAACCCUAUUCCUCACCCGCCGCUCUCCUCCGCCGCAGCAGGCCCGACGUUGCUUCCUCCUCAGGCCUACAACCCACCGGUCUCAGCCCCAGGUUACUCCCUCCCUCCGUGCGCUCCACCUGGGCGGUUCACCGCCGUGGUUCCUCCGCCAAAGAAUGCGGUGGAAGGGCUGUGGUGCGUGGCAAAGCCGAGCGUGGCGGAGGAGACACUGCAGCAAGCGUUGGACUUCGCAUGCGGAGAAGGAGGAGCCGACUGCGAUGAGAUCAGGAGCCAUGGAAGCUGCUUUUACCCUGACACAGUCGUGGCUCAUGCUUCUUACGCCUUCAACAGUUACUGGCAGAAGACCAAGAGAAAUGGCGGCACUUGCUCAUUCGGUGGCACCGCCAUUCUCAUCACUGCUGACCCAAGUUAUAUGCAUUGCCGGUUUAUUCUGAGUUGAGUUCGUCGGUGUCAGCCAUGGAAGUUGUCUGAUGGAGGAGGCCUUAGGAAGAUAAUCCUGCAAUUGGUCUGUGACAUGUUAAGUUAUUUUGUACUAAUCUCUAGUUUCGCAUGUUUUUAUUUCUCGGUUCCUGAUUCUAUUUUUUCUUUUGGGUCUCUA